AGUGUUUUUCCUACUACGACACAGAAACGACUGCUAGUUCACUACAGAACAGAAAUAUCUAAUUAUUUAAUCAGAGUCAAUGUCACACUAUUGCGUAUUCUAUCAGCGUACUAGUCAAGCGAGUGUUUUCAAAAUUCAUCUUCGAUUGUGAUGGAAAAAAACUAACAACUGCAUUAAAGCGAUAGCGUAAAUCAUUAUGUACAGUUCGAAAACAAUGAGUAAAAUUCUACUAAUUUGUUUUACUCUCUUUGUGAGCUAUGGUGAAGGUGCAAAGAUAUUGGGAGUAUUCAUGUACCCGUCUAUUUCUCAUCAGUUAGUUUUCCAACCGAUAUGGAAGGAAUUGUCCUUAAGGGGCCACCAAGUUACAAUAAUUACUCCCAAUCCACUGAAAGAUCCCUCUUUAACGAACCUCACGGAAAUAGACGUUUCUUUCACUUACAACAAGCCAGCAGUGAAGAACCCUAUGCGAUACGUUAAGAAGGAACAAAGGUCAUUGACAAAGGUUAGAGCGAUAUUCGAUGUAUUCAUGGAGUUAUUCGAAGAAGAAAUGCAGAGUGCCGGCGUACAAGAGCUCCUCAACAAAAAAGAUGAGAAAUUCGAUUUGUUUAUUGUUCAAAUUUCCCAUUAUGGCAACGUAUUUUUACCGUUCGCGAAUAAAUAUAACACUCCUGUCGUUGGAAUAUCAUCGCUAGGAGCGUUCCUGCACACCCAUGAUGUUUUAGGUAAUCCAACUCAUCCAGUUAUUUCUCCAGAUAUAUUACUAGGCUUGUCAGAAAAUAUGUCUUUUCUCGAAAGGCUGAAUACUUUCUUAUAUAACAUUUCAUACCGAAUAUACUAUUACUGGGUCCUUUUGCCAGAAGCCGAUAAAUUUUCAAGGAAAUAUUUCGGCGACGACAUACCAUAUUUAGGGGAAUUGGACAAAAACCUAAGCCUAGUCAUGUUGAGUGCUAAUCCUCUCAUUCAUCCACCCAGGCCCAAUGUUCCUAAUAUAAUAAACAUCAACCAGCUGAACGUCAAAGAGAAGAAACCUUUACCAAAGGAUAUCCAGGAAUUCUUGGAUUCCUCACCUGAAGGUGUUAUAUAUUUCAGUUUGGGAAGUAACGUGAGAAGCUCCAGUUUAUCACAAGAGUUAAGAAAAGAAAUUAUUGGCGCUUUGGCUGAAUUACCAUACAAAGUCAUAUGGAAAUGGGAAGAAGAUCACCUACCCAACCAGCCCAAGAACGUGAUGGUUAGAAAAUGGCUACCCCAGCAAGAUAUAUUAGGUCAUCCGAACGUUAAAGUAUUCUUCAUGCAAGGUGGUCUCCAAUCGAUAGAAGAAACCAUCAACAACGAAGUGCCUUUAGUAGGUAUGCCGUUUUUCACGGAUCAACCAGCCAAUUUGAGGAAAAUCGAGGAACUGGGAAUGGGUCUGAUGAUAGACCACGUAUCUCUCACCAAAGACAAAUUAAAGGCCGCUUUGCUGGAAGUAGCCCAAAAUAAAAAGUACAAAGAAAACGUGAUAAAAGGCAAGGCCAUUAUAAAUGAUCAGCCUAUGAAGGGAGUAGAAAAAGCCGUUUGGUGGAUAGAGUACGUGUUGAGACACAAUGGAGCUAAGCAUUUACGAUCAGCUGCCGCUGAUAUGUCCUUCUACAAUUACUUUAUGGUCGAUGUAGUUUUAUUUUUACUAGCUUGCGUUAUUUUAACUGUAUAUAUUGUAAUGAAAAUAGCGAAGACAUUUAUGAAGAAACCGCGUAAAUUAAAGAAGAAUUGAGCGUUAAUAAAGUACAUUUAAUUCG